GCGGGGCGAAAGCGGCUCGCAAUCGCCUAAGUUGUGGUAAAACCGUGUGAUCGCCGAUUGCUCCUGACUCCUGAGGGGUUGGACUCCAUGGAGCUUACCUCAGCAAGGUGUAAUCAGCCAGGUAGGGCAUUUUGUCUGUCUGACAGAAAUAUCGAGGCACAACCAAAACCCCGUUGAAGAUUGAGGAUGGGCAUGGCGGGAUGAAGGUAUCCGGAUGACCUUGCGGUUUCUCCACGUUUUGGCGUUGAGGACAAGGCCAAACAUGCCCGGGAGACUUUGCCCCGCCUCCGCAAAAUGUGUGGUCCGUCACACUAGCGUCCGUGCCAAGGAAGAGGUGGGACGGUGUCGUAGGUACUUCACAGAUGGCCUCAAAUCCAUAGGUAUUCACCAGGGAGUCCUCGAGUCGCAUGUUGUGCAGUGUAAGAUCUCUGCCAUCACAGUAUUGUUCUGCGCAGGAUGUAUUGUAUGUACAUAUAUACAGUACACUUACACCUUGAGGCUCUCACGAUAUAAUCUGUGCGACCGCGCCCCUCGAGGUACUGUACCCGGCCAGAGACUUAACAAAGGUGCCUGCCUAUGGAUGUACAAUAGCAACCUGGGACGUAAGAGGAUAUCGUCCGAUUCACUACCUUUCUAUUUUCUCGCGUGACUCCAAAACUCCGAGCAAUGAUGCCAAACCCAGACUCAGCCGGCGAUA